UUGGUUUUGCCUGAAGCUCACGUUAAAGGGCACGCACAGAGAAGAUAUUUGUAUUUCUGGACACGUCAGUGUUUUCUUUCGAACAGUAGCAAUUAUAUGCAUAGUCGAGCAUCUUUUUGUGACAAAAUAUCUUGUUUAAAACGAACGUUUUUCUUCCAAAAAUGAAAUAGCGCCACCAUAAGUGUAAGAGGUUAAGGUCAGUAAUGAGAACUUAGGACACUAAAGAGUCCUUUCUACUGACUCUGAAAAACACCAAUAGAAAGAUGCCCAGGGUCCAUGCUCAUCUGCGUGAACGUGCCGUAGGCAUGCUGCAAGGAGGCAUGAGGACUGCAGAUGUGGCCAGGGCAAUAAAUUGCAAUGUCUGUACUGUGAGGUGCCUAAGACAGUGCUACAGGGAGACAGGACGGACAGCUGAUCGUCCUUGUAGGCCUGUUGUCAGGCAGGUCCUCACCAGACAUCACGGGCAACAACGUUGCCUAUGGGCACAAACCCACCGUUGCUGGACUGGCAAGGGGUAGCCUAGUGGUUAGUGUUGGGCUAGUAACCGGAAGGUUGCGAGUUCAAACCCCCGAGCUGACAAGGUACAAAUCUGUCAUUCUGCCCCUGAACAGGCAGUUAACCCACUGUUCCCAGGCCGUCAUUGAAAAUAAGAAUUUGUUCUUAACUGACUUACCUGGUUAAAUAAAGGUAAAAUAAAAAGUGCACUUCACUGAGGAGUUGUGGUUUUGUCUUACCAGGGGUGGUGGUCAGAUUUGCGUUUAUCGUCGAAGGAAUGAGCGUUACACCGAGGCCUGUACUCUGGAGAGGGAUCGAUUUGGAAGUGGGGGGGAUUGUCAUGGUCUGGGGCGGUGUGUCACAGCAUCAUCAGACUAGCUUGUUGUCAUUGCAGGCAAUCUCAAUGCUGUGCGUUACAGGGAAGACAUCCUCCUCUCUCAUGUGGUACCCUUCCUGCAGGCUCAUCCUGACAUGAUCCUCCAGCAUGACAAUGCCACCUGCCAUACUACUCGUUCUGUGUAUGAUUUCCUGCAAGACAGGAAUGCCAGUGUUCUGUCAUGACCAGCGAAGAGCCCGGAUCUCAGUCCCAUCGAGCACGUCUGGGACCUGUUGGAUCGGAGGGAGAAUUGUGCACCAAUUUGACCAUUGCUGAGAACCCAUCCCAGGAACCCCUUAUUGAGAUUCCACCAUGGAGGAUGUUCAGGUGGAGGAAGAUGUCCCAAAGGAGGGGGCAGAGGUGGAGAACCCAGAGCCAAUAUCUGCAGAGACCUAUGCAGCAGAGUCCAUGGCUGCAGACAUGGACCCCUGGAUCAUAUUUGACUCUCGCAAAACGCCUGCAGCUGAGUUUGACGGCUGGCUGGAGACCAACAGGCCAUCCCAGGUGGGGCGCUUUGGGGACGAGGAGGGUGGUAAGGGACCUGUGGGGUGGAUUGCUGUGUUGGGCCCGGACCACUGCCCUGCCACAGGGGACAUCACUGGACUCCAGGCGAGCUGGGAGAGGCUGCUGACCAGCGGGAGAACCAUCACCUUCCAGACGGUGAAGGAACUGGCACUGAAUCACGGGGUGCUCACCGGCAAGUGGCUGAUGCACCUGGACUCAGGCUUCAAGGUGGACCAUGCCUGGGAGUGUGUGGCCAGAGCAGCCCUGGAAGGGAAGAUCUUCCAGACCAAGGUGAGCCCGCGCGAUCCCAAGUCUGACCGUAAGCACGUAAUCUGUUCCUAUAACAAGGACUUCACAGACGAGAACGAGGUGAUGAGGCUGGAUGCAGUCAUCCGAGCCACGGGGGUCAAAUGCUCGCUGUCCUUCAAGCCGGAUGUUUACACUUACCUGGGUAUUUAUCGCAACAACCGCUGGAAUCUCUGCCCCACAAUCUACGAGAGCAAGUACGACCUGGAGUGUGUGCCCCGACGUUCCCACAUCGUCAACAAAGUCACCAAUCUGGAGGUCACCUAGGAAAGGAGUGUGGGAGGAUAGUUUGCUAUUGCUAAACAAGCACUUAGCCUGACUCAUGGCAUGUGUCCAACACUAUGUUGUUCAGUACUGUACUUCUGACUUGGGUUCAGUUAAUUCCCCGAAGUAUGGGGUUUAAUAUUUCUGAGUCCUUCCUAUACAUCUCGAAGCAGACUUGUCCAUCGUGCUGAAAUUAAUUUCAGAUAAUUUCUUGCCAUAGUUCAUUAGUGUGCUUCAAGAUUCAGAUUAUAUUGUUUACAUACAAGCAAAUGUUUUACUACUUCAAAUGUUUUAAAUCAAGUCUUCAAUCUACUUAUUUGGUAGUGCGGCUGCCAUCCACAACUCUGAAACUAGAGCUUGUCACUGGUAAUGCAGUGACUGAAUACAUGCAUGUUUUGUUGUGAUUCUGUACAUUUAACAUUUACAAAGAUGUCAAGGUAUCUGUAAUAGAAAUGUCUUACCACUUUCAUUGUUUGGCUUCUAUGUUUUGUACUCAAUGUUAUCAAUUACAACAAUUGCCAAAUAAAUGUAUUUUAAACA